AGUGUGACACCCGUAUUUCGUCUCCCGCAUUCGGGUUUAGUUUGGUUCGCCCGGUCCUCCGCGUCAGACGGUCGCUGUUCUUCUCCGCGGAUUAUCACGUGGUGCGCCCCGUAGUCUUUCCGCAGGGUCAAAAUUGCGCUGAAUAAAAAAGGGGUGCUGUACGAUUGGGUGUUCUCUUUUCGAUAUUUUUCGGAGAUCGGCAGUAUUUUGUGGACGUCCGACGUCCGUGCUGGAGAGGAAUUUGAUUCCUGUUGUGAAAAUCUUUUCCUCGCGAUCAAUUACCGGCACGAUUUUCUUAUAAAUUGGAUAAUAAACUUAUUUUAAGGAUUUAUAACAACGAUAAGUUUACGCGUUACUCUGUGUUUGUGCCUAUUGUAGUGUUGAUUUAUGGAGUGAUACUUGCCUUACAGAGGGAUUAUUCAUCAGCACUUUUCAUGCAUGAGAGCUGACAAUGCCUUGAAGUAACGCGGAACGCCAACUUGGAUGCUCGGUUUGAGAGCAUUUUCUGUUUGACACACAAGAACAUUUUGGUGAGCGAUGUCUUCGUGGGUUCCGGCGACGACAACGGCGGCUCUGCUGAGCACACCGCUAGUCGUGAUAAUAUUCAUAGUUGGUCACAUGGCCGUCACCGCUCCAUCGGUCCCCUGCCCGACAGGAUGCGAUUGUUCAGAGGAUAAAGUCGGCUUAUUAACCGCAAAAUGCUCGUUGAACUCGUUCCGUGUCGACUCCGCCGAAGAUUUCUUCUCCAUCCAGCUCUUAAGUUUCAACAACUCGGACACGGAGCUGCCAAUCUCAUUGAAGGAUGACAUGUUCCAAGCUUUUUCCGGGGUCACCAUCAUAGAACUGUCUAAUUGCUCGGUGGGUUAUAUCUACCCAGGGGCGUUCAGAGGCUUGAAGUUCCUGCAAGAACUAGAUUUGUCCAACAACCACAUCACGCAUUUUCACCGCACGAGUUUCAUCAGCACGCCGAAACUUUCAUACUUAAAUUUAAACAACAAUCCGAUCGAAAUGACCGAUUUAUUCCUGAGCUCUAGAUCCUUGCAAGAGCUGCGGUUGGAGUCUUGUUCGAUUCAGCACAUCCCAGCCGGGGCGUUCAAAGCACUGCCAAAACUCAAGAGCUUGUCCUUGUACAAUAACAGUUUGGACACGAUACCCGCUCACACAAUGCCCAAAGGCUUGAAACGGCUGAACGUGGCUAAAAACCGCAUUAUAAACAUCCCGACGGAGGUUAUCUAUAACUUGAACCGGAUCAGAAUCUUGGACUUGAGCGAGAAUUUGAUCAAUUGCUCUUGUAAAUUGAUGGGACUCCAAGACUGGUUAUCCGGACGCGGUGUCAUUUUCGAGAACGAUGUGCUUUGCGCGUCCCCCGCGAAAUACCACGGAAAAAGUUGGACGACCGUGAACGAAGAUGAAAUUUGCGACAAGGAAAUCAGGAUGACGAAAGAAUUGAGCAACCACGUUUUCGGGAGCUCCACUUCCGUCGACUCGGAUUGCGACGAUCUGAAAGGAUCUUGCGAUGAGCUCGAGGAGAUCCUCCAAGCCGACCAGCCAUUGGUCAAACGAACGAGCGAACACGAACUCACACCGAACGACGCGCCGGCUGGAACGGAAUACCCCGAGUCGGCUAGCGAGGCCGAAGACACUCCGGACAAGAGCGAUUCGGAAGAAGAAAAUCCGAAAGAACCGGAGGCUGAAACCGCAGAAGUUACAAAAUCCGAUUUACAGGAUAUCGCGUCUGACGAAGAGGAGAAAGUAGUGGAAAGCACCGAAUCUAUCAAGAGCGAUGCCGAGGAGAAGGCUGAUGCCGAGGUAGAAAAUGUUACCAGCGAGGCUGAGGAGAGGUCUGAACCUGAGGUAGAGAAUGUUACAACCGAGGCUGAAGACAAGGAAACCGUCAACGACGAACAAAGUGCCGCGGUUACCUUGGCUGAUGCAAGCAGUGGGUCUCCCGCUGUUGAAAAUCAAAACAUUGAGUCAGUGUCCACGGAGGCAUCUCUGGCUCCUGCGAAAGACGAAGAGCCAGCCGAGGCAACGCCAGCGAUCGCCGAAGAGACGCCUAACGUCGAGGAACCAGUCACCGAGUCGAUUGGCACAUCUGCCGACGGCCGAAGUUUAGAUCUUUCAUCGACCGAGUCUCCGAGUAGCGAGGAGCCAACUCCUAUUCCUGAGGCAGGAUCCGCCUCAAGCUCAGUAAGCCCAGCCGAGACAGACGUAGAUACCUCCACCAAAGCGAAACUGGAGGAGUCUGAGACGUCCGUCUCGCCGUCCUCGACGGUCGAACCCUCAGUUUCCUCACCUGUCACCGUUCAAGACCUCGGCCAGGAGCCUGAAACGUCCAGUGUUGGAUCCUCAACGGAGGCCGCGUCGACCGACAGCGCCCCUAUCGAAACGACGGAGAGCAGCCUAUUCUCAUCAAGCUCGGAGAGUCCCAGUAGCUCAGUUUCUCCUUCGGAAGAACCCAGCACUUCUGCACCCGACCUAGAUGUAUCUUCAGUUUCUUCAUCUGUGGCACCUGAGACAACCCCUAGCUACACCGAGGUUUCAAGCUCCGUGUCGCCAGAUAGCGUUGACGUCUCAAGCACAUCUGAGGCGAGUGUAGACGCCAUUUCCUCAUCCGAGAGCCCAUCCACAAGUGAGGCGCCGAUCUCCUCAACCUCAACGGAAGGUAGCCCCAUUCUAGGUGUGGGUCUCGAGGUGUCCACUGAAGAGUCAUCCAGCCCAUCGAGCACGUCCGAAAGCGUCACUCCAGGGCUCGAGGUCAGUAGCGAAUCCCCGUCCUCCAGCGAGUCCCCCUCCUCCAGCGAAACGCCCUCUUCAGCAUCUCCUAUCCUCGGAGAUGUCCAGCUCGAAAAGGACAUGUCGAUUUCGCGCGGAGCCUCGGACUCACUGGAGCCGCCGAUGAUCAGCUACGAUAAAGUCAUGACGGAACUCAAGUCCAACCCGGGCGCGUACGUGGUCGGCGGCAUCGUGCUGGUCCUCGCCGUCCUCUUGCUCGUCGCCUUGAGCAGGUGCCGCAAAGCGCCGUCCAAGAGGCGACUCGACAUAAACGGCAAGUACGACUCCGAGAUGAACGGCGGGACGGAGCUGCAAGAAAUUACGUCCUUGAUCCCUCCCUCGAUGACGAACGGAACGAAGAUCGCGAAAUACAGCGAGAAACCGUCCAAGGACACGCAGAACCUGCUCUCCCCGGACGAGAAGGAGAGCAACGGAGUGCUCAUCCCUUUGCACGGCGAUAGCAACGGGGCGGCCACGAACGGCACGUCUUGGUCCAAUGGCAAGGCCAACGGCAAGAGCCACAACGGGACGCUCAAACCCGAGGCUCCUGGUUCGGUGACCUCUGUCAACAACAGAGGCUCCCAGUUCUUCGACGACGGUGUCAACCCGCCCAUCGAGUUGACGAGGGUCAAAGUAACCAUGUUACCCGACUCGGUACCAAAGACGCCCGUCUUCGUGCAAAGAAAAUUCAGCGAUGAGAACAGUUGAAUUGGGCGAGCGCUUCGCAAUAUGUUGACCUCCUGAACUAGACUUGUAUCGCAUUGUAACAACGCGUACCCAUAACCUGCCCUGUGUUCGUUUUGCCGUCGAAUUUCCUGUGAAUCGGCGAACUUAGGCCGCGACGCUUGACAAUCCUCGUACUGUCGUCACCGUUUUAUUUGUCUAAGUUGUCGACCGGAUAGGGAGAAAAAAAAAACUGAUCUCAAUAGUGUUCAUUUUAGGAUUUUCAAUUCUCUCCAUUGAAAAGGACGAAUGGUUUCCCAGGAACUUGAUGAAUGUAUCAAGAUUAAUUCACAAUUUAUCAGGAUAAUAUACCACGUACCAACAGCUCGAAAUGGAUUUUUAAUUGAAAAUGACUCCAAAUCCGCAAUGAAGUUCGAGUUUCAUGAUUCCUCUACCGUAAUCUUCUUUUCAGUCGAUCGUUUUAUUUUGACUGCCCAUUAAAAGCAUAGAUUUGUUCAAAGCAUCAGGAUUUCGUCAUGUAUUUGUGUGCCCCAAUUUUUGAAAAUAAUUAACUGUAAAAAGUAUGUAAAUAUCACACGAGCUCAUUAGUGUAUUGAUGUGUUGUGACCGCCUUUUUAGAACAGAGGCUGUUCUGCAAUUCACCUAUUAGAUUUUUAUGCCUUUAUUUUUGGGAUAGCUUAACUGAAAUAUAAUGUGAGAAAUCUUGGUCUGUCUAGACGUAGGUAUCACUUCAAUUGUUAAAAGACCCACUAAACCUGCCAAAGGUAUUGAAUUGCAGAAACAAAAUAAGUGAAGAACCAGAAAAAAAUAGUUCUUAAAGUUUUAUAGUACAAUUACUACCUGAAUUAAAAGUAAAGUGACUUUUCAACCUUAAAAAAUGAUUAAUUAUAUGUGAAAAUUUUUAUCUAAUCUAAUAAUAUUAAAGAUUUACGUGUUCUUUUUCCAUGAAUAUAUGAUGACCAAUGUUUGAGACGGUGGAAAUAUUUAUAGGGAAAACUUAGAAAACGAACUUCCUUAAAUAUUCCAAUCACACAUUUUGCUUGUCCUCAAGCAAUUUUGAAAAUGAAUGAUCAAAACUGUUAAAUUACGUAAAUCUAUGUAGAAAUGUUGAAGAUUUUUGACAUGUGUACGUUAGCUGUUAAUAUUAAUUGUUCACUACUUUCACUUUCUAAACAAUCCUCACGAAAUCAUCUUGUAUCUUUGGAAGGAGUAGGUUUCAAAUUUAAGUGUUAGUCAAAAUGUGAGAUGUGAGAGACUCAUAAAGCAUAAUAUUUUCCGCUAUGCGAGCACGCAUGGACCUGAGGCACAGGCACCCUGGCACCUCCUUGCGGUCACGCAUCACGAAAUCACGAGUGCCUUCCGUCUAUUGCUGAUAAAUAUUUCAGCAAAUCCAUUUUCAUAUUCACACCAUUCAAAUUAUCCAUGCUUUCUUUUUAAUUUUAGGAACAAUCUAAAAACUAGUCAAAUAUUCAAUGUAGGAUUUUGUAUAUUAAUAGUGUUCAAUUCUAAAUUUUAGAAUGGAAAUCGCCUCUUCAGAUGUAAAAUCCAAAAAAAAUCUCCCUUAGCCUGGUUGAGCGGUUAGUUUGACAUUUCAAUAAUCUUGAAUAACUAUUUUCAGUUGAGCGACUCAUUUUGAAAUUUCUCUGUAUUAUUUAAGGUAAAAGGAGGAGAUUUGAAAAGAAAAUAUUAAACGCUGUAACAUGUUCUAUCGAGUCUACGAGUAAUCGUAAAACAAUCAUAUGAACAGCGUUAUAUUAUGUCAGUUCACUUUUCUGCGAGAAAAAUUCUUCCAUUUUUAAUCCUUCAUAGAUUUGACGAGUUACACUCAAAUAGCUGAACCGCGUCGUGCAAAAUGGAUUAAGUUCCUUUUUUGCCAAACAAAUGGAUUUCUUGUGAAUGAAUAAACAGAAGAAUUGCUCCUAAGAAUAAAAAUAAUUGUAUUAUCUUAUAAUGAAACGCCAGAUGUUUGGUUUCCAUGUAAAAGUUUUAUCUUUUCAAAUUGUUUCAGUACCAUUUUCAAUUCUUAAAGGUAUAUUUUUUUACCUUUCUGAAAGACAUUACCGUUCAAAAUUUUUUUAGCUCCACGAGGUCUUGUUAUCGAUAGUCUGAAAGUGAUCAGGAGUACUUCUUUUCAAUUCUUAUAAAUCGAGCACAUUUCAUAAUUCUAGAGUCUAGGAUAGAAAUUAUAUUUUUGUAAUAUAUUUCGAUGAGUCAAUUUCAAAAACAUUGUUUUGUACAGAUCUAAAUGUUAUAAAAUGAUGUUGGUUUAUUUUAAGUGUGUCCAUUGUUAUGGUAGUGUUGAACUUCCGACUAUUGAGAUGAAAAUAAUUAAGAAAAAUAGCAAACCGCCUUAUGUGUGUUGUAAAUAAAUUGCAGUUGUAUUUUUAUAAAGUUCCCUUGUAACUACGUAUAAAUUACUUGUACAGUAUUCCAGAACGUAGUGAUGUUAUUCCUUUAUUUUUUAAGUUGAUUUAUAUUGUAAAGUUUUUAAUUACUCUAUUUUUAGCCUCAAUUUUUCAAAUUAAAAAUAGAUAAAAACUACA